AUGAAGAUCCUCUGCUCACAAGCAAACGCUCAAACAUCAUUAUCAUCAUCAUCGUCAAUAAUAUCACAUCAAAACUCGGCUGCUGCUCAUCUUUCUCAUUUACAGGCUCCGUUAUUGGGCUCUUCUUCUUCGUCUUCAGUGGCAGCCAGUCAAUGUAGUCCUUUAUCUUUGCCACCACAAACACAACCUUUACAACCCACCAUUACCUCGUUGGCUUCUCUAUCCUCGUAUCAUCAUCAUUCUCUACAAACUUCACCACAUCAUCAUACUCAUCACUCACAACAUUCUCUGCAAACUCAUAACCACCACCAUCAGCAGCAGCAAUCCACACAACAACAACAGCAGCAGCAUUCGCAACAACAACCCUCUUCUCAACAAUUAAACUCUUCCAGCUGUAAUCUUUCAAACUCCGCUUCUUCUUCUUCUCCUGCAACAGCUAGUAAUAAUCUACCCUCUCUCUCUAAUACACAAACCUCACAAUUUGCUCACACUGCUGGCAGUAGUAGUUUUUCAACAUAUCAGCAACAACAACAACAGCAGCAGCCGCACUCUUCUAACAGCUCAUCAAGUACAUCGACUGGUGCUGCUGCAGCUAAUGAGAAUUCCACCACUCUGUCGUCUACGUCGACGUCUUCUGCGGCUGCCACAACGAAUGCUUUAACAUCUAGUGGCAUGUCCCACUGGUUAACAGCCGAUCAGUCUGCUACACAGUUGCCUUCGGUAAAGUCAGAAAAUCGUUCGCCCGGCUUAACGCAUACACAAUCAUCAGCAUCGCAACAGCAUUUACAAGGCGAUCAUACGUCAUUACAUUCGGCUGCUAGUUUAAGUAGUCAUUUGGAUAACUGUAAUCCGAAUACAAGUUCCAAUCUCUAUAGCUGUUCUUCGGUUUCGAAUACAGCUUCUGGUUUAGCUGGCCUUGAAUCACCCAGCAACUCUUUAAGUUCCUCUUCUAUGGCGGCUGUUAAUUCGUCAGCAGCUGCUGCUGCCGCCGCUGUGGCCUAUGAUUCUAAACAUGAUUAUUAUAACUAUUACAACAGUAUGCAACAGUAUACACCACCAUUUUAUUCCACCUAUGGUACUCCCUUUACCACGGCCACCGCCAGAGCUCCUACUAAAAUAGAGCCUACAUCUCCCUACUUGACGUCUUCGUAUGCAUCCACGAAUAAUAAUGCUUCACAGCUAUAUCCUACCGCCUAUGGCUAUAAUAAUUUUGCGCAAUUUGGUUCUGCCUCGGCGGCCGCUCAACAGGAUUAUACUUCUUAUUAUAAUGAUCAAUAUGGCAACUAUUAUAAUCCCGCCAAUUAUUCUCCCUAUGCCGUUAGUUCGCCUAGCUCCAGUGCCAGUCAUGGUUUUCAUGUUGCCGCCUCUAAUCUCUCCGAAAGUCCCACAGAUACUCAUUCUACCACACCCAUACUGCACAACACACAUUCGCCUCACUCUCCUCUACCGAUCUCGCCCAAUAACAACCUGAAUGCCUCGGCCAAUGUGGGCUCGGCUAAUACCUCAGCUUCUCUACCAAAAACCACACCCACCGGUAAGACGGGCAGAUCAAGAGGUCGUCGUCAUCAGCAACCUAGUCCCACCCGCAGCACCACCUCCGAUACGCCCAACAGUGAGGCGGUUAAACCUCCAGAACGUGUUUUCAUUUGGGAUUUAGAUGAGACCAUUAUUAUUUUCCAUACUCUAUUAUCGGGUUCGUUUGCCAGCCGUUAUACCAAAGAUCAUAGUGCUUUAAUGACCAUUGCAUUUAGAAUGGAAGAAAUGGUUUUCAAUUUGGCCGAUACUCACUUUUUCUUCAACGAAAUCGAGGAAUGUGAUCAAGUGCAUAUAGAUGAUGUUUCGUCAGAUGAUAAUGGUCAGGACUUGAGUACGUAUAAUUUUGCUACAGAUGGUUUUCAUACGGGUGCACCACCCGGUGCUCCACCUAAUUUGUGUCUGCCAACUGGUGUACGUGGUGGUGUGGAUUGGAUGCGUAAAUUGGCUUUUAGAUAUCGUAAAAUCAAGGAGAUUUACAAUACCUAUCGGGGAAAUGUCGGCGGUUUAUUGGGUCCUGCCAAACGUGAUGCUUGGCUACAAAUCCGUCAAGAUAUAGAAAUGGCCACCGAUAACUGGGCCUCUUUGGCCACUAAAUGUUUAAAUAUGAUUGCUCAACGUGAAAAUUGUGUUAAUGUACUGGUAACCUCUACCCAGCUGGCACCAGCUCUCGCCAAAGUUUUACUCUUUGGUUUAGGAGGCAUUUUCAAUAUAGAAAAUAUCUAUUCAGCUCAUAAAAUAGGACAAGAAACCUGUUAUGAGCGCAUUGUCACCAGAUUUGGUCGUAAAAGCACUUAUGUAGUAGUGGGUGAUGGCGCCGAAGAGGAAUCAGCUGCCAAGGCCAUGAAUUUUCCAUUUUGGCGCAUUUCUUCUCACAGUGAUAUAAGAGCUUUAUAUACCGCCUUGGAUAUGGGUUUCUUAUGAAAAUCUUUAGUUUUUCUAAAGAUUUUAUUGUAAAUUUUAUUAUUUUUUUUUAACACAAACUUAAAAAAUAAAUUUAAAUUAAAUUUAAAAAAAAAUCUUAAAAAAAACGCACUAAAAGAAAACAAAAAAACCACCAGAUUUAAGACUAAACAUUUGCUAUUUUGUUUUUGGAAAAAAAUGUUAUAUUUUGUGUACAAAAUAAAUUAAACAAUUAAUAUUUAUAAAAUAAUUUAUUUAAAUUUAAACAAAAAAAUUAUAUAAAU